AUGUCGAGCUCGACGUCAUCCGAGACGCAGCAGCUGCUCCACAAUGUGCACGAGCUGCGCGAGGCCGAUUUGCCCGAGCAGGUCUGGCUCCGCACCGAGGAGCUCUUUCUCGACUGGCUCGCUUCGGCCAUGGCGUCGUGCCAUACGCACCCGAUCCCGGCAUUUGCGCGCCUGAUGCAGCAGAUGGGCCCCCACAACGGUCGCUCACAGCUGCUCGCGCUGCCUGAUGUCGGCGGUGGCAACACAUCCACGAGCGCAUACUGGGCCGCAUGGCUCAACGGUGCUGCCUCGCACACGCUCGAGCAGGACGAUCUGCACAACUCAUCAGUCAUGCACCCCGCGACCGUCAUCUUCCCUGCAGCGCUCUCUGCCGCUCAGGACGCUGGUCUGUCGGGCCGGGCGAUGCUCCUGUCGAGCAUUGCGGGAUACGAGGCAGGCAUACGGCUCGCUGAGUCGCUCGGCCGGUCCCAUUACCGCACCUUCCACACGACGUCGACCGUGGGCACCGUUGCCGCUGGCCUCGCCGUCGCCAAGCUCCUCAACCUCGACAUGGCCGGACUCACGUCGGCCCUCGGAUCCAGCGGCACCCAGGCCAGCGGGCUCUGGGAGUUCCUGCGGACGGGCGCAGGCGAGUCGAAGCAGCUGCACUGCGCCCAUGCUGCCUCCACGGGCCUCCUCUCGGCCUACCUCGCCCGCGAUGGCGUGAGGGGCGCCGACGACAUUGUCCAAGGGCCCCAGGGCCUCAUGGUCGGCAUGGCAAAGGAUGACACCGAUGCGGCCAAGCUUGCCGUACCGUUUGGACAGCCGCGCUGGGCGCUCCUCGAGACAAGCUUCAAGUGGCACGCCUGCUGCCGCCACACGCACCCCUCUGCCGACGCCCUCCUCGACGCCCUCACAAAGGUCGACCGCGCCAACAUCAAGCGCGUCACAGCUAAGGUCCACCAGGCCGCCCUCGACGUCCUGGGCCCCGUCGAUGCGCUCGAGCAGGGCCCACAGUCGAUCCACGCGGCCAAGUUCAGCAUGAAGUCGACGUUGGCCCUCAUCGCAUGCAAGGGCGCCGCGGCCCUGUCGGACUUUGAGACGUAUGCACUCAAAGACCCAGAGGUGCUCGCCUUCCGUGACAAGGUCCACAUGGAGCUCGACAAGGAGGUCGACAACGCCUACCCCGCUCGCUGGCUCGGCCGCGUCGACGUCGAGCUCAGCGACGGCACCGUCGUCCAUGGCAGGUGCGACGAGCCAAAGGGCGAUCCGGGCAACACCCUCUCGAGAGAGGAGCUCGAGGAGAAGUUCAAAAGACUCGUCAACGUCCACGCGGGCAGAAAGGACGUCGAUGCAGACCGCAUCAUCCAGUGGUGCUGGUCUCUGAGAGAUCAAAAGGACUCAAGAGUGCCUUUGCCAUAA